CUCUCCUUUGAAAACUGAUCUUUGGCUCUUAGUGUGAAAGUGAUUUGAAUUUGGCUCGGCGGCGCUCUGCGCCUGCGCCCAGCCGCUGGCAUGCUGGCUCCUUCCAAGCAGCUGUUUUGGGUUUGAAAUUCCAACAUGGCAGAGGCUGCAGUCCGUCUUCCCUUCAAAAACUUGGAAUGAUUUCAAAUCAUAGGCACCUUCACUUAACCCCGGCUUCCAUUCAUCAGCAAACACCUCGGAUCGAUGCUGCGCUAACCCGCCGGCGCCUCGCUCCGCGCGUUCAGGUUAAAUGAAUACCUGACGAAAGGGCCCACGUUUCAAGGCAGUGACAUUUGAUAGCUGAGAGGAAAAGUGGCUUUAAUGAAAAGCAACCUUUGGAAUUCCUGCUUGUGAGAAAUCCAAUUCAGCUUUUUGUGCUGCCAGCAAGAAAUGAUCAGUAGCACCAGUGUUUAUGGCUUGAAGAUGCAGUGGACGCCGGAGCAUGCGCAGUGGCCAGAACAGCACUUUGACAUCACGUCGACCACUCGGUCCCCCGCGCACAAGGUCGAAGCCUACCGCGGCCACCUGCAGCGCACCUACCAGUACGCCUGGGCCAACGACGACAUUUCUGCGCUGACGGCGUCCAACCUGCUGAAGAAGUACGCGGAGAAGUACUCGGGCAUCCUGGAAGGCCCCGUGGACCGGCCUGUGCUCAGCAACUACUCGGACGCGCCCUCGGGGCUGGUGAACGGCCGGAAGAAUGACAGCGAGCCCUGGCAGCCGUCGCUGAGUGCGGACGCCGUGUACCCCAUGAACUGCGUCCCCGAGGUGCUCGCCGCCGGCAAGGCCGGGGUGGCGCCCGCGCUGCCGCCCGCCGACGCCUCGGCCAGCAUCGGCAGCUCCCCGGGGGUGGCCAGCAACCUGGCCGAGCCCAGCUACUCGAGCAGCAGCUGCGGCAGCCACCCGGUGGCCGGCCUGCACGCCGGGCUCCCGUCUCAGGAAUACGCCCCGGGCUACAACGGCUCGUACCUGCACUCGGCCUACGGCAGCCAGCCGGCCCCCGCGCUCCCGUCCCCGCACCCGUCGCCGCUGCACAGCUCGGGGCUCCUGCAGCCGCCGCCGCCGCCGCCGCCGCCGCCGCCGCCCGCCGCCCUGGUCCCCGGCUACAACGGGGCCUCCAACCUGGCGGGCUACAGCUACCCGGCGGCCGGCUACCCCCCGCAGGCGGCCGUGGGCGCGGGCUACAGCCCCGGGGGCGCGCCGCCGCCGCCGCCCUCGGCCUACCUGCCGUCCGGCAUCCCCGCGCCCACGCCGCUGCCGCCCACCACCGUCGCGGGCUACGCCUACCAGGGCCACGCGCUCGCGCCCCUGGCGCCGGCCCUGGCGGGCGGCCCGGCGAGCUCGCUCAAGCGGAAGGCUUCUACAUGGCGGCGCAGGGCGACCUGGACGCCGGCUAACGCGGGCUACGGCUACGGGCAGCAGCGGUCCGCGCAGAGCCCCAUGAACAGGAUGCCCGACGGCGCCCUCUCGGGCUCGGCGCGAGCAGCUUGCGACCGCGGCGCCGACCCCGCCUUCCGCCGCCGCCCGCCGCCGCCGCCCGCCCGCCCCGCCCUGGCCUUCACGCCGAGCAAGCAGCUGCGCCCCGAGCAGCCGCGCAAGUUCGGCGGCCAGCCCGGCCGGGCCCUGACGCCGCCCGCCUACGGCGCCGCCAAGCCCGGCCUGGGCGCGCGGCCCGGCGGCGACUCGUUCGGCAAGUACCCGUCGCCCGGCGUGGGCGAGCCCGGGGAGGAGCACCGGCCGCUGCUGCCCCACGGCCUGCAGGGCCCCGCGCUGCGCGCACCUACCUCAGCCGGCCACGCCGCCGACGAGCCGCUCAAGGGCGCCGAGCCGCACCUGCUCGACCUGGUGAGCAGCGAGAUCAUCGCGCAGGGCCCGCCGCUGGACUGGGGCGACAUCGCCGGCCUGGACCUGGUGAAGGCGGUGCUCAAGGAGGAGGUCCUGUGGCCCGUGCUCAGGUCGGACGCCUUCAGCGGCCUCACGGCCUCGCCGCGGAGCAUCCUCCUCUUCGGGCCCCGCGGGACCGGCAAGACGCUGCUGGGCCGCUGCCUGGCGGGCCAGCUCGGGGCCACGUUCUUCAAGAUCGCCGGCUCCGGGCUGGUGGCCAAGUGGCUGGGCGAGGCGGAGAAGAUCAUCCACGCCUCCUUCCUCGUGGCGCGGUGUCGCCAGCCCGCCGUGAUCUUCGUCAGCGACAUCGACAUGCUCCUCUCCUCCCAGGUGAGCGAGGAGCACAGUCCAGUCAGUCGGAUGAGAACGGAAUUCCUGAUGCAGCUGGACACUGUACUCACGUCGGCCGAGGACCAAAUCGUAGUCAUUUGUGCCACCAGUAAACCAGAGGAGAUCGACGAGUCCCUCCGGAGGUACUUCAUGAAACGACUCUUGAUCCCACUUCCCGACAGCACAGCGAGGCACCAGAUGAUAGUACAACUGCUCUCACAGCACAAUUACUGUCUCAGUGACAAGGAGUUUGCACUGCUCGUCCAGCGCACAGAAGGCUUCUCCGGACUAGACGUGGCUCACCUGUGUCAGGAAGCGGCGGUGGGCCCCCUCCACGCCAUGCCAGCCACGGACCUUUCAGCCAUCAUGCCCGGCCAGUUGAGGCCCGUCACGUAUCAAGACUUUGAAAAUGCUUUCUGCAAGAUUCAGCCUAGCAUAUCUCAAAAAGAGCUUGAUAUGUAUGUUGAAUGGAACAAAAUGUUUGGUUGCAGUCAGUGAUGACUUCUUUAAAAAAAAAAAUAAAUGUAAUGAAUGUUGGCACACGCGCAUAAAACCUGCUACAUAGGGUAUAGAGCCCCUUUCCAGUAGUGUUUAAAUCGCAAAGGGUACUGGGGAAGAUGACGAUGGAGUUGCAUCUUUAGCGUCAGGGUAGAUUUGGAGGAAAGAAAAAAAAAAAAAACAAAAAAACGCAUCAAACGAGAGCUUCU